AUGGCGGGGGGCCGGGGCUUCGCCUUGGCGAUAUGGAUAUGCGUGUUAGAAAUCAGUGUCCUGACAGCAGGCCCCACUCCCAGCUCUCACCCGGAGCCAGGACAAAGCACCGGCACUCCAUUGCCCAUAGACUGCAGAAUGAGCCCCUGGAGCGAAUGGUCGCAAUGUGACCCUUGCCUAAAAGAAAAGUUUCGUUCAAGGAGCAUCGUGGUCUUUGGACAAUUUGAUGGGCAAAGGUGCUUGCACAGUCUGGGAGACCGACAAAGCUGUGUGCCCACUGAGAACUGUGAAGAUGCUGAUGAUGACUGCGGAAAUGACUUUCAAUGUGGUACAGGCAGAUGCAUAAAGAGGCGGCUUCUGUGCAAUGGGGAUGAUGACUGUGGAGACAAUUCAGAUGAGGAUGAUUGUGAAGGUGAUCCCCGUACACCCUGCCGUAACAAAGAGGUGGAAGAGUCAGAGAUGGGCCGAACAGCUGGCUACGGGAUCAACAUCUUAGGGAUGGUUCCCCUAACCACACCCUUUGACAAUGAGUUCUACAAUGGACAGUGUGACCGCGUUCGGGAUGGAAACACCUUGACCUACUACCGUAAACCCUGGAAUGUGGCUACUCUGGUCUAUGAAACCAGAGUUGAUAAGAAUUUCAGAACUGAACAUUAUGAAGAACAGUUUAAAGCAUUCAAAUCAGUCAUUCAAGAGACAACAUCAAACUUCAAUGCAGAUUUAUCUCUAAAAUUCACCCAAACUGAAAAACUUGGGAAGCAUAAAAAUCUUCCUGAAGGAGGGCCAUCGCAAAGUGGACAUGACAAUCCUUCUACAGGAGAAGACUCCCUACUGCCUGGUUUUCAAGCAAGUGCUGGUGGUUCAUUCCGAUUUAGGUAUUCCAAAAAUGAGACUUACCAACUGUUGUUGUCCCAUUCUUCUAAGAAGGAAAAAAUGUUUCUGCAUGUGAAAGGAGAAGUUGCCCUGGGAAGAUUUGUGAUGAGAAACCGGGACAUCAUGCUGACAUCAACUUUCUUGGAUGAUUUAAAAAAUCUGCCAACUACCUAUGAAAAGGGGGAAUAUUUUGCCUUUUUGGAAACCUAUGGAACUCACUACAGUCGUUCUGGGUCUCUAGGAGGAUUUUAUGAACUAAUAUAUGUUUUGGAUAAAGCUUCCAUGGAAAAACACGGUAUUGAACUAAAGGAUGUGAAGAAAUGCCUCGGGUUUAAUUUGGACUUAUCUGCAGAUUUUGGAGUUGAAAUCAAAGGAGGUCUUAAUAAAGAUGAUUGUGUAAAGAGGGGUUCUGGUAAAGAUGUAAACGUCACCAGGGAUGGCAUCAUAGAUGAUGUUAUUUCACUCAUAAGAGGAGGAACCAAAAAAUACGCAGCUCAACUGAAAGAGAAGCUUCUCAGAGGAGCCAAAUCGGUUGAUGUGAUGGACUUUGUGAACUGGGCGUCUUCCUUAAGUGAUGCUCCAGUGCUCACCAACGAAAAGCUGUCUCCUAUACAUAACCUGAUUCCACUGAAAAUGAGAGAUGCACACCUAAAGAAAGAAAAUAUGGAAAGAGCCAUUGAUGAUUACGUCAAUGAAUACAGCACACGCAAAUGCCACACAUGCCAGAAUGGGGGCACUGUGCUUCUGCUGGACGGAAAAUGUGUGUGUUCCUGCCCAAUCACAGCCGAGGGAAUUGCCUGUCAAGUCAGUAAACAAAUAACUCCUCCAGAAUUGAAACUGGAAAAGAAAUAAAGUUGUCGGCUUCCUUGGGAUCACAUGGAAGGGA